AAUCGUAAUCUCAAUAUGUGGUCGCGAAAAAAGGCAAUGCUCUGCCACUUCUACUACCUCUUCAGCUAACCAAAUAACAAUACUGAGCUUUUUCUAUUUUUGUGCUAUUUUUCUUCCCAAAAAAAUUCCCAAAUUGAUAAGCUUCUUUUCUGAAGCUUAUCAAAAAAUAUAUGCAGUAAAAAAUUCAUAUUCAUGGCUUCUUCAAUACUAAGUGGAGCUGAAAAUUUCAAGAUUCAUAGUGGUAUUUCUCCAUCAGAAUUACACAUCAAGUGUUUUCCUCAAAAGGGUCUUGUAAAUUUCUCAAGAAUUUCAAAUCCCAAAUCAAGAACCCUAAGAACAAAAUGCAGUGUAUCAUCUUCAAGACCAGCUUCACAACCAAGAUUUAUACAACACAAAAAAGAAGCAUUUUGGUUUUAUAGAUUUUUAUCUAUAGUAUAUGACCAUGUUAUAAAUCCAGGUCAUUGGACUGAAGAUAUGAGAGAUGAAGCACUUGAACCAGCUGAAUUAAACAGUAGACAAUUACAAGUUGUUGAUGUUGGUGGUGGGACUGGAUUUACUACACUUGGUAUUGUUAAACAUGUUGAUGCUAAGAAUGUUACAAUUAUUGAUCAAUCACCUCAUCAACUUGCUAAAGCUAGAGAAAAAGAACCUUUAAAAGAAUGUAAAAUAUUGGAAGGAGAUGCUGAGGAUUUACCUUUUCCUACUGAUACUUUUGAUAGAUAUGUUUCUGCUGGAAGCAUUGAGUACUGGCCAGAUCCACAGCGCGGUAUCAAGGAAGCAUACCGAGUACUGACCAUAGGUGGUGUUGCCUGCUUAAUUGGUCCUGUGUACCCGACGUUUUGGCUAUCUCGCUUCUUUGCUGAUAUGUGGAUGCUCUUUCCAAAAGAAGAGGAGUAUAUAGAGUGGUUUAAAAAGGCUGGUUUUGCACAAGUUAAACUCAAGAGGAUUGGCCCAAAAUGGUAUCGUGGUGUCCGUCGCCAUGGCUUGAUCAUGGGUUGUUCUGUGACUGGUGUCAAGCCAUAUUUCGGGGAAUCUCCGUUGAAGCUCGGUCCGAAGGUUGAGGAUGUGAGCAAGCCUGUAAACCCAUUCAUAUUUCUCGUGCGAUUCCUCCUUGGCAUAACUGCUGCAACUUAUUACGUGCUCGUUCCAAUAUACAUGUGGAUUAAGGAUCAAAUCACCCCGAAAGGUCAGCCGAUCUGAACAAUAAGAAGAACGUCAAUCCAAAGAGAAGCUCUCCGCGCAUUCCGUUUGAGAGUACGCUAAUGACCACGAAUCUAUCGCGGAACAAGAAAGUUUUUGGCAUCGUCACAAGGGUGAAUUUGUUGCUUUAGUUUGUUAGUUUUGCAGCCUUAGAAAGGGCCUUUUGUAAAGUUUAAUUCCAUGGUAAAACCUAGAAAAUCAUUGUGACUAUUUUCUAGUUGUAUAAUCUAUCGGUCAUGUUCUUUUAUCAAGAGUUGAGAAAACUCUUUGAAAUAAAUACUAGUAAUACAUUAUUUCCUCUAAUAUUCAGCAAGAUUUUAGUAUUUUA